AAGCCCCUGUGAAAUAACAACAACAGUGUAGUCUAUAUAGCGCACCGACUGACAGUAUCGCACGCAUUUACUAUUACUGCAGCAAUAGUGGUAGGGUUAGCUGCAAACCUAAGAUUCUUGGGCGUUUCACGCCACGCUUUCGCCACUGGAUCUAAUCCCAUAGCACUAUCACUCUAAUGAUAGAUAACGAGGACCCCAGCAGGGACGUGGCAGGUGCGGGCGAAUUGGGACAGGAUUGGAGGCCCAUUGGCCAUACUCCAAAUCAGCUUGUCUUAUAUCAUCCCGCUUCACAUGCUCUGCGAGUCCGCAUCCAACCGCCCUCGCCACCACGUUCCGCUUUUCCUAGCGAUAUCGUGCGUGCGAACGAUGCGCUUAGAAGACGAUCUCCCGAUUCGGCCACUAGGUCCCUGUGCUUGCUCUGCCGACAACCUGUUCCCAGAAACGGCCUUGGUGAGGUCGCUGCAAUAUCAGGUAUGGAGAGUUAUUUCCAGACACUAGAACAUGUCCAUUCGGAAUCCGAAAGUUUCUCGCAAGGUGUGGGAAUCGACGAUCUGUUGGACGCCCCGCAACCGCGUACGUCGAAUGAAGAGAAUUCUUCAGCAGCAGGGUAUUAUGCUCGGUUUUUCAAAGAAGUACGGAAACUAGGAAUGGGCGCUGAGGGAAGUGUAUAUCUGGCUGUACAUCACAUUGAAGGCGAUACCUUGGGAACGUAUGCGGUAAAGAAAAUAGCCGUCGGCGAAUCCAAGGAAUAUCUUCAUAAAAUCCUACGUGAAGUGAAGCUGUUGGAAGUUUUGAGGCAUACCAACAUUAUACCUUACUACCAUGCGUGGAUUGACACGACUCGAUUCUCAGACCUCGCACCCCCGGUGCUUGCUCUCCAUGUUCUCAUGAUGUACGCUUCUGGCGGAAAUCUUGAUUCACUGCUUCUUUCACGAUCUCAUUCCACAGGAUUCGCGGCCGGCCUCUCUGCAGACGACAUUGCCGACGCCGAACCAAUCGACCAGCUGCCCAAAGAAGAACGCAUCAAGGCAUUCAAACGCAGAAGACAGAGUGCCAAAACCGAGUGGGCAAACAAUCAGCGACCGUUUACAGGUGGUAGGCGGGCCUCCAGAGCAGAAAAUAGAGGUGUACUGCUACUCAGUUUUGAGGAAAUCGCUCAGCUUUUCGGGGAUAUCAUUGAUGGACUGGCGUUUCUUCAUUCAAAUUCCAUUUUGCAUCUGGAUCUAAAAUGCUCCAACGUUCUUCUGCACUGGGAGGAAGGAAAGCUGGUACCAAAGGCGAUGUUGUCCGACUUUGGCACUUCAGAAGAGAUGCUCAGAGGACAGAGAGAAAGGACAGGUCAUACGGGUACCAUGGAGUACAUGGCACCUGAGACACUAGUCCAAGACGCCAAAGGGCGUUUUCGACCCUCUGAUUCACAUGCAGACAUGUGGUCUCUUGGGAUGAUUUUGUACAAGAUGAUGUUUUUGAAACUGCCAUAUGAAGAAUGCGACAGCUAUGAUGUUCUUCGUGCCCAAAUUCUAUCCUAUAUGGGCUUCCUACCGGAUGGGUCUCUACUGCAGAAUUUACAGCGCCGACAUAUUCCAAAACGCUUUGCCUUCCUUCUCAAGGAAUUAUUGGAUAUCCAUCCGGAAAAGCGUCCUUCUGCCGAGAAGACGAGAAGUGUUUUAGCGGACAUUAAACAUCACUCAAAUCAAAAUGAGGAUUAUUCUUCGGCGAUAGUUGGACAAACGCUUGCGUCAUUGGAAAAUCUCUCUUACCCCAGCAGCAGAAGUAUUUGUCGAAGGGAUUCGGUCGUCGUCAACGACGUUCACCUCGAUGCUGACGCGACCACGCCAAACAACGGUCUUCUUCCCUUCUUCCCGUUACCAAAAAACAAUUUACUACCAUCACUCACCGAUGUUCCUGAGCGGGCAAUGACCUGCCUUGCUGGUCCAGCAGUGCGCCUAGCGUUGUUGUUCGGCAAACUUGUUUCCAUUCAGCCUAGUAUCUCCGGUGUCAGAUUACCGCCCGUUGUUGCAGUCAUCCUCAUUCUCUUAGCCUUAACUGAUUUAGCCCACCAAGGAUCCUUUCUCUGGUCGUUGACCUGUUUGAUAGCUCAUUGUGCUGCAGUCCUCAAUUUCUCGUCUCACGAGAUCUAAGAAGCCCGCCAACGUUUUGGUGUGGGUAUUUGUCUUGCAAAGCGACAACGCUCUUGAUCAGUUGACACAGUCUCCCUGGAAGUUGCUAGCGAUUGCAGUGCAAUAAUUCAGGUUCGGCCGCUAGUCUUAUCAGAGGAUAGAUAAAUAUGGAUGGGGACUUGAAUCAAAGUAGCGCAUUUGUUGAUACACCGUUGUUGUACCUCCUGGUAAAUGUAAUGAUUUCCAACGUUUUAUUGCAAGGGAGAAUGUGAAAAUUUGUCCA